AUGCCCUUCGCACAACUGGUCAUCGGCCCUCCCGGUGCCGGCAAAUCCACCUACUGCGAAGGCAUGCAACAGUUUUUAGGAGCAAUCGGUCGAAAAUGCAGCAUCGUCAACCUUGACCCUGCUAAUGACUUGACCAGCUACGACGCCGCUAUUGAUGUGCGCGACCUGAUCACACUCGAAACAAUCAUGGGGGAUGACGAUGUUAAUCUCGGACCGAAUGGGGGUGUAUUAUACGCCCUUGAAGAGCUGGAGGAGAACUUUGACUGGUUCGAAGAAAAGCUGAGGAUGUUGGGCGAGGAUUACGUCCUUUUCGAUUGUCCAGGCCAGGUAGAGUUGUUUACACAUCAUGAUUCCCUGAGGAGGAUAUUUAUGAAGGUCCAGAAGAACUUGGGUUAUCGACUGGUUGUAGUCAACUUGAUUGACUCGUACGCUUUAACGCUGCCGUCCCUUUAUAUCUCCACCCUCCUCCUGUCAUUGCGGAGUAUGCUACAACUCGACUUGACCCACCUCAACGUUUUGACCAAAAUCGACAACUUGUCAAAAUAUCCUCCACUGGCAUUCAAUUUGGACUUCUACACGGAGGUGCAGGACCUGUCGUAUCUGCUGCCGAGUCUGGAGGCGGAGUCACCGAUGUUUGCGCACGGGAAGUUUACGGCGCUUAAUGAGGCGAUUGUGAAUCUCGUCGAGGAGUAUGGGCUGGUGGGAUUUGAGACGUUGGCCGUGGAGGAUAAGAAGAGUAUGAUGUCGCUGUUGAGGACGAUUGAUAGGGCAGGCGGAUAUGCUUUUGGAGGCGCAGAGGGUGCGAAUGAUUCGGUCUGGCAGGUUGCGGUUAGAGAGGGGUUGGGGGUUUUGGAUGUCAGAGACGUCCAGGAACGAUGGAUUGAUAAUAAGGAAGAGUGGGAUGAGCUGGAGAGAAAAGAGUGGGAAGAGGAGCAGAAGAGAAGGGAGAAAGAAUGGAAGGAGGGUGUUGAGGGUCAGGAUAAGGAUGUGGAUAUGGACAUACCUCAGGUCGUCAAUAGUGGCGUGAAGGUGGUUCGUAGUGGGAAGAAGUCAUGA